AUGAUAGAAACCAGAUUCAGGCACUCGCAACUGGCUCGAGAGAAGGCGCAAAGGAACAAGAAAAUCAAACGAUUUCUCCUCGUUGGAGCCGCUGGAGGCAUAGGAGGAGUACUCAUCGGUCUCACAGGAGGUCUGGCAGCUCCUCUUGUGGCCGCUGGUGCAGGUAUGAUCAUCGGCUCAGGCGCUGCUGGUUUGGCCACCACGGCAGGUGCAGCCGUUCUAGGGACGACGUUUGGAGUCGCUGGAGCAGGACUGGCUGGGUAUAAGAUGAAUAAGCGGGUUGGUGCGAUUGAAGAGUUCUCAGUUGAAACCCUUUCGGAAGGCCUCAGUCUCCACUGCGCUCUGGUGGUUUCCGGAUGGAUUGAGGAAGACACGUCAUGUGAACAGGCGUUUGAACACCAGUGGAGACAUCUCAGUUUGGCGCGGGAACAGUACACACUACGGUAUGAGAGCAAGUAUCUGAUGGAACUCGGUAAGGCCAUGGACUACAUAAUGGGUUUUGCCGUUUCUGUCGCUAUUCAGCAAACCCUCAUGGAAACAGUGUUGGCAGGUUUGGUGUCUGCGGUGGCAUGGCCAGUAGCGAUUGUUUCAGCCGCUUCAGUUCUCGACAAUCCGUGGAACGUGUGCGUGGCCAGAGCAGCGGAGGUUCACAUUCAGCUGUUGAUAGUAACCCCGACUGGGAUUGUUCAACCUCCUUUUCGAAAUUCCGCCUGUCGGAUUUUUCUCUUUGGGUUGAUUCGGUCAGAUUUUUAUCUCCGAGGAUACUUUGACCUGCUGAGGACGAAUUUCAUAAUCGCAUGGAACGGAUUCCCCCAGUGCUAUUGCAUGUGGUGCGGUGGGGUUUCCCAGCGAGGGAUUUCGCGUUUUUUUUGCCUUUGA